AGCGCCUCACCUGUGUUUCUAACAGUUUAAAAGUGAGUCUCGGCGUUGUAAUCUGAGAAAGUUGAAACUUUUACUAAUUUCUGUUAAUGAAGAGGUUGACGUUAGUGUUUUUAUCACAGAAAAUGGCACUAAAAAGACACAUGAGAGUAAAAGUGAAGCGUCGGCUCUGAGUAUUUCUCUCUUCUGUCGUCGACGUAUUAUAACCUCGACACAAUCAGGAAGUCCGGGCGUUUUUCCUGCGUGUUUGAGAUAGAAAACCUUAUUAGAAAGGGACUAGAUCGUCUUUUAACAAUUAAUUAUGAGGUGUCACGUCCUUUAAGGGUCGCCGAUCAUUUACUGAUGUAGUUUAUUACACUGUUUUAGACUUGAAACUCGCUAUUUACGUCGUCGUUGUUCACCCGGAACACCUGGAUUUUGUUUUAAGAGAGAUGGAUGCUCCUCACCUCACUGAAGAUGAAAUGGCAGAGAUUAAGAAAGACGUGCUGACCAGGCUCCGGCACUACCUCUGUGACAAGAUCAGAGCAGACCGCCACCUUGACUACCUGCGUUCCCGGAGGAUCCUGACCCGGGAUGAUGCAGAGGAGAUCAGCUGCAGGACCACACAGACCAAGAGGACGGCGACGCUGCUGGACAUCCUGGCUGAGAACCCUCGAGGUCUGGACGCACUGAUUGACUCCAUCCGGGAGUUGCGCGCGCAAAACUUCAUAAUCGCCAAAAUCACGGACGAGGUCCAACGAGCCAAAAACGAGAAGAUUGAGUCUCUCAGGGGUGCUUCCAGUUCAUCCUCUGACAGCAGCUUCAGCACCCUGACCACAACAACUAACCUCCCCAACACCUUUUCAAACAACUCCACCCUCCUGUUCCACCCAGACGGGGAGCGAAGCCCUUCCACUUCAGACCUAGCCGGUUCUCUCAAUGUGCCUUCGUUACAGAAGUCUGGAGACCUGCCCUCCGCAGCGGGGGCCAGCUUCGGUGCGGCCCCCUCAUCAACCUCCUCCAGCCUCCCCAAGCCAGGAGACCCGGGAGCUCCUCCGCUGCCAGACGAGGUCAUGGCUGAGUCGCCCUCCAACAUAGACGCCACAACGCCGGGUUGCACCAGCAGUGGAGGAGAUCCUAAUUUCCAACCUCUCCGUUCGCGCUCGCUCACCCCAACAUCACACAGGAGCAUCUUUUGAGUUCACUUCUCAGUAGGACACUUAUCAUCCAGGGACAGACCACUUGUCCCUUCACUCAAUAAGCACACUCAUUUUCUCCUCCGGUUACCCUUGCCUCCUAGUUAGUUCAAUGUCAUGUAUGUAAAACUGCAUGUUACCACUAGGCAUGGGCCGCUGUGAAGUUCUCAUCAUGAUAGUUUUUCAAACAUUUUAAAACAGUGAUUUAUAAUGUGAUCUUAAUGCUUUGAUGUAAAAAAAAAAGUAACAAUCUUUCCAUGUGCUGCUAAAAUAAUGGAAAAUAUUGAUGUUUUAGUGCAGUUUUACAGUGUACAACAACAAGUGGGGGUGGGAAACAUGGGAGUACUCAUACAGCCUCAGAAAACUCCAUCCACUACCAUCACUUUCACUGGUGUCUAUAAGGGUUUUAAACUGAAGGAGCAGUCUAAUGGAAAAGUUUUGUGCUGUUUUGAAAACUGACCUUUUUAAAGCCUUGCCGGCCGGAUCUUGAUAGGGCUUCCUCGGGUUCCACACCAUGCAGGGUUCCUACACAGUUUGGAAAAAAUAUGCAAUUUGAUUUCAGUAUUUUCCUGGUCUGAACAAGUAUGAGAAAAGAAAAAGGGGAAUUUAAUAUAAUUCAUAUUCGCAGACAAAAUUCCCUAUCCCAUUGUUUAAAUGUUGUGUCCUUACUUCUGACCUUCCUACCUAGUAUAUGCCCUUUUGUUCUUCCUGCCUUCCACCCCCCCAUAUCAUUAAUUCAUUCCUUUCUUUCUUCUGUCCUGCUUUCCACCCUUCAUCCCUCCCUACUUUAAAUCAUUCCUUCCUUUUAUCCUUGUGUCCUUUCUUCCAUUAUAUACCUCCUUCUUUCUUUUCUUACAUUCUUGUAUCCAUUGUCACUACCUUCCUUGCUUCUCCCUCCUGCUUUCCUUCUUUUCUUCUUUGUGUCAAUCCUCUCUCUCUUAUAUCCUUCCUUUCUUCCUUGUGUCCUUCAUUCCUCCUCCCCUCCUUUAUAGAACUCUGGUCACUCCAGCACUUUCUCUGGCAGCUCAUUAAAAGAACUUUAAGACUUUAGAAAUGGUAAAAUAAAAACUUUUAGCAAUUUUAAAACCAUAACCUUUCAAAACCUCAGUAGACUUCCAUACCAGUCGGCCCAUGCCUAGCUACAACUAUACCGGUCAUUGUUUUCAUGAUAAAAUUGAAGGUAUUUUGCCACAUAAUGUUUGUGUAUUUUAGAUUCUGGCACCACCUUGAUGACCUUGAUUUUUAAGCCCCAAAGUGUAAUUUAUUUUGUAUUUAAAUGUUUCGGCAUGUCCAGAUGUGCACAGAUGGUGCUCAAAUGAAGUAUAUCACUGAAAAAUAGGAAUUAAAUUAUAGAUUACAACCAGAGAAUAUGUUUAAAAAUGGUGCAGGCACUCAAUUACUAACUUAUAUUUCUUGAUAGUUACAAUUGAGACCAUGUCAUAACUUCCCAAAUGUAAUCGGCUCAGAAAGUCUGAGUCACCAUCAGAAGCCUUGGUACUUUUUUCCUCUCAAAGGUUGGAGAGAGGCUGUUGGGUGUGAAAACAUGGCAGCUGCAGUUUAAAUGUUGGAAGAGGUGUUUCCUCUUGGUUCUAUUACUGUAAGUUAACAAGAAUUUAUAUCACAUUAUCCUCACUACAAGUCUUCAAUCAUAAAACACGAUGUGAAUAAAUAUAUCCUGCUUUUUUCCA